AUGUGGCUUAGGGACAACAAUAUUAGAUCUUUGAUGGAGGUUUUGUGGAAACAUAUCCUUGAAAGGACUGGAAACAAAGCUUUCGUUUUCUUCAAAAAACUUCAAUUUGUUAAGGAACAAUUAAAGAAAUGGAAUAGAGAGUCUUUCAAAAACAUUUUCAAUGAGAAAUUGAGUUUAGAGGAAGAGUUAAAACAACUCCAUGAACAAAUAAUUCUACAAGGCAUGGAUGAAACUACCUUUUUGAAAGAGAAGGAGCUUAAUAAGGUGUAUUGUGAAAUUUUAGCCAGAGAGGAAACAUUUUGGAGGCAAAAAUCCCGUGAAACUUGGUUGAAGGAAGGCGACAAAAACACUAAAUUUUUCCAUAGUUUUGUUAAGGUGAGGAGAACCCAUAAUAAUAUCUUUUCAAUUAAAAAUAUGGAGGGAGAGUUGUUAACAAAUCGGGAAUCCAUUAACAGGGAGGCUAUUGGUUACUUUUUGAGGUCUUUCGACGAACAAGUAAUGGUAGACCAGGAUAUGCAAUCCAUCAUGGAGAUCAUCCCCACCUAUGUGAAGGAACAACAUAAUAAGAUGCUAUUGAGUGUUGUGUCUUCGGAGGAGGUGAAAUAUGCGGUAUUUGGAAUGGGAUCGGAUAAAGCCCCAGGACCAGAUGGCUUCCCUGCCCUCUUUUUUUUUAGCAUUUUUGGGACAUUUUGGCUAAUGAUUUAUGGGAAGUUGUGGAGAAAUCAAGAACAGGUGGCUUUGUCCUUAGAGAUUUAA